GAACUAUUUUUUUUAUCUGGAGAAGCUUCGGCUUAUCUUUCGUUGACGCAUGCGAGGCUGGGAAGGGUAAAAAAGGAAGAGAGGAAAAAAGAACCACGGUCGUGACGACGGUUUGCCCGAUAAGGGAAGAGGCACCGACUGUUAUGAGAUGCUUUCUAACGUACGCAUAUCGGCACAAGGCGCCUCUUGUUCGAGAUCUGCGAGCCGGCAAAACGAGAUGCUCGCGGAUAAGAGUGUUCGUCGACCGUGCGAACGACUGCCGGUGCAUACAUAUUCAAAACCACGUUCACCGUCUCUCGUCGUCGACCCGUCCGCGUUCAUUCCCUUCGAACUUUUCUCUGUGCGCGGAAGUGUUGCAGGAUAUACAGGAUGUCCCGGAAUUACCGUCAUUUCUCUCGAUCCUAAGAAUUGAACUAACCAGGGAAAAGCAUCUGGCGGUGAAGGCAAUGACGAUAAACCGCCGUGAGGGAAAAAAUAUUUAUUAAAACACCCGCUAAAUUGUAAACGACAUCCAUCUACGAAUAAUAUUUCUGAUGCCGUGACAGUUCACGUAUUCGUUCACAAAUGCACCGGCCAAAAUUUGCCGUACCACAUCGGACUGCAUAUUUUGGUAAAAUAUAGCGGAAAUAACAUUUGCCCGCGCGCCUGAUCAAAACAAACUAUGACUUGCGUUAAUAUUUCAGGAAAAUAAA